AGUUUGCUUUCUAAAGCACAAGGAGGAGGCUCCAGCUCAGUCAAACUUCGAGGAGGCUCUCUAUUUAGGAAUGUUGAGAAAUCGGACAAGCAAGAAUGUAUUAGACAAACACCUCAUGUGAACAUCAAUCCCUUCACUCCUGAGUCCAUAUUCCUUCGCAACUCUGAAGGAAGAAUUCGUAGGAGGAAGAGAACACACCGGAAUGACUCUUGCGGGGAGGACGUGGAAGCAAGUGAUGGAGAGCCUGAAUAUGAAACUGUGAGACCUGCUAAGAGGAUAAUAACAGAAAGCAAUAUGAAGUCACGGUAUGCAACCGAAUUUCAUGAGUUGGAGAAGAUUGGAUCUGGUGAAUUCGGUUCCGUGUUUAAAUGUGUGAAGAGGCUUGAUGGCUGUAUUUAUGCAAUAAAGCGAUCCAAGAAACCCUUAGCUGGCUCCGUGGAUGAGCAAAAUGCUUUAAGGGAGGUCUACGCACAUGCAGUUCUGGGACAGCAUUCUCACGUAGUAAGGUACUACUCUGCAUGGGCGGAAGAUGAUCAUAUGCUUAUACAGAAUGAAUAUUGCAAUGGUGGCAGUUUAGCAGAUGCCAUAAGUGAAAAUUACAGGAAUAUGUGUUAUUUUACUGAACCAGAACUGAAGGACCUGCUACUUCAGGUGGCUCGAGGCUUAAAGUAUAUUCAUUCAAUGUCACUGGUACACAUGGAUAUCAAACCUAGUAAUAUUUUUAUAUCUAGGACAUCAGUCCCAACUAUAGCUUUGGAAGAAGUUGAUGAUGAUGACUGGUCAUCUGAUAGAGUCAUAUUUAAAAUAGGUGACCUUGGUCAUGUAACUCGAGUAUCUAGUCCACAGGUGGAGGAAGGUGAUAGCCGUUUUCUUGCAAAUGAAGUCCUACAAGAGAACUACACUCAUUUGCCGAAAGCAGAUAUUUUUGCUCUUGCUCUGACUGUUGUCUGUGCGGCUGGGGCUGAACCACUUCCAAGUAAUGGGGACCAAUGGCAUGAAAUUCGACAAGGAAAACUACCGAGAAUACCACAAGUGCUUUCUCAAGAAUUAUUAGACUUACUAAAGGUUAUGAUUAAUCCUGAUCCAGAGAAAAGGCCUUCAGCUGUGGCACUAGUUAAACAUUCAGUGCUUCUCUCUGCCGCAAGAAAGAGUGCAGAGCAGCUCCUCAUAGAACUGAAUGCUGAAAAAUUAAAAAACGCGCUCUUGCAGAAAGAGCUGAAGAAGGCGCAGAUGGCAAAGGCUGCAGCCGAGGAGCGAGCACUGAUCGCUGCCAGAAUGACAACUAGAUCUACAGCACAAAGUAGAACAUCUCGACUCAUCGGAAAGAAAAUGCACCGCUCAUUUAGUCUUACUAUAUACUAACUGUGAAGUCUAAAGAACUGCUGAGGAUGGCUGUAGCAUCUCUGCCGGGCUGAAGUCUAAGGAAUUGAAGGAAAUGUUCAAUCCCUGGUUUCUUGUCCUGUCUUUGAUCAGUAUCACUAGUUUUACAGGAAUUG